AUGUCCACGGCUACGACCGUUAAAGGCUGGUCUCGCCCCCCGACCUCGCCUUCCCAAAUCUUUGUUCUCCUCACGGACUAUGCAGAGGGCAAACCCAUGCAAAUCCCUCGGGAGUUGGGUUCCAAUGCGCCGGCAUUCCUCCACUCGAUGGAAGACGCCUUUGUGGCUACUGGCCACCCACCUUCCCAGUGUAGCUGCAGCGCGCAUCGGGUAUACCGUUUCCCUCGGACGGGCGACGCUGCACGGUACAAGAUGGACUUUGCCUCCUGUCUCCUCACAGGCCCAAUACCGCCAGCUGACGAGCUCGUUUACAUUUUCCUAGGCAAUUUGUUCCCCUACGUGCUGUGCCCUCUGGCCGACCACGGAGAUGAGACUUCUCACUCUUGGGGGCAUGCGACGGACACCGUAGCUUCUCUUUUGGGCAGGUGGCGAAUGAUGCUCAACCAGGCACAGACAAUGGGGGGGCUCAUGAGUAUUGGCAUAUUUGCUAUUGGCGCCAAUGCUAUUCCUAUUUCCGAGACGUGGCGCCAGGGACUCCCGGCACACAAUCCCGUUGAUGUACACUGCGUGCGGCGCCUCCGCUUGCCGGUAGUACAUUUAGCCGCUCCUUUCGAGCUCACUCUGGCGGACGGUGGUCCCACUGUUGUGCAGCAAGAGAUUCGGAGCCUUUCGUGGUCCAGUGGAUCUGAACGUUUCUCCGAUCUCAUAUCCGCGGCCCCACUUCUGCGUGAGCUCAUCCUUGGAGAUGAUGUGGCGGCUUUUGCCCAGCCUUCUCAGAAGCAUCCAAAACGGGGACGCCGCAAUAAGGUUCGAGAACCCAUUGAAGAACUCAACACGCACAUCUACCUCGUUCUGGUGUGGUGGUAUCUCUUUGAGUACCUUAGCGCCGGCUCCUACGCGUUCAGCUUCCCCAGCAUCCCCUGCUCCCAUACCUUGGUGCUGAAUGAUGAGCCUUCUCCUUGA